AUGCUGCAUGAGAUUCUGCUCUCCCUGGCUGGCUUGUCCUCUCCUAUAUGGGAUGACUUGAAAGCAGAGGACGAUGACUCUUUGAGGAAACACACCUCGCCAGCGGAGCGAGAAAUGUUGCAAACAUUGGCAGAGCUUGCUGACUUGCACAGUAGACUAAGGGAAGCAACAUCCACCCUGUCCAGUUCCCAUCCCUCUCCUACCUGUCGAGCUGUCACCAAUCGCAUAGCUACAUGCCACUUGCGAAGGUUUGUUAAAAAGGUCGUGGAUGUUGAAACCUUGAUUCUCCAGGAAGACGCCCAAUAUGUUGGCGCAUACAAGAUCGUUCCGUUGAGCACAAUUGUGACUGAAUUCCAGCCAUGGGCCAGACCACUCCGUUGGCUCUCAAAAUUGAUGCAGCUUUUACAGUCGCCUACCUCCCUACCUUGUUCCGCAGCCAAAUUGUUUGCUUUUCUGCACAAGGAAGGCCAAACUGGCUACACGGACAUCAAGGAUUUGUCGGGGGACCUUCUAAUAACCGCUCAGCAGGCAUGGGUGCAGAGUCUUACCCCCUGGCUGCUCUAUGGACAGUUGCCAAACUUUGGUGCAGCUGAUUUUAUGAUCCAUUCAGUGCAGGCCAACAACGAUAUAGAGUAUAUCUUACAACCCAGUUUAAUUCCAUACUUCAUUACUACAGGUGUUGCAGAUGCCAUUCUAGCAGUUGGCAAGACUCUUAAUCAGAUCAAGUCUCGGCUUUGGUCUGGCCCUCAGCACAACCGCACCUCUAGCAACAUGUGUACUAUCUUGAUGCCAGCAUCACUGAACCAGAUCAAGGCGCUUUCCUAUCCUUUACAGCCUAACGCUAUCACGCAUGCCAUCGAAUCUAUCAACGACGCCAUCUCGCAGGCUGCUUUGUCCCAUUUGCUGCCUAUGAACAUGAUCCUCGAUUUUCUAACCAUUGCUCACGAUUAUGUACUACUUCGAAAAGGUGAAUUCUCUGCAUCUCUGAUCAAGCAGGCAGAAGAAUGUCUGGUCGCUAGCCAAGCAACAACAGCCACGUCGAAAGCAGCACGAAAGCCAAGCGGGCUCGAAUUCUUGACGUUCAACGAGGCUGACGUGUCAAAUGCCCUCAGCAAGACCUGGUCGGAACUAUCUACCUUUCUUUCGGACCAUGAAUUUGACGAUCCUUUACGCGAGAAAGCCUCUUCCUGGCUACGUCUGAAGAUGAGUUCGUCCUCACUGCCUAUCAGCACCUUGCUACCCAGACCAGCGAGUCUAGUCCUAGAACUACCCAACGAUUCCCCGUUGCACAUCUUUGUCUCGUCUUCAGAUCUGCAGCGGUACUCGACGCUGAAUGCGUACCUGGUGUCUCUGCGCCGUGCUGAAGCACAACUUGCCAAGCUAUGGGCAAUACCAGCAUAUCGCAGGUAUCGGACAAUACCCACUGCCUCAUUGAGCACUACGAGAAAGAGCCAGCAGCAGGUGCAAAGACGAAGUGCACGUGAGGAUACAAGGAACCGAAGUAUGCGUACUCACUGGGCAUGCGCCAGUCAAGUUCUGUUCCUUCUAUCAGAAACCUCCUCUUACUUCCAUGGCGAGGUCUUAGACAAGAAUUGGAACCAGCUGCAGUCUUGGCUAUGGUCAACCCCAACUACUCGCCCAACCUCAUCACAACCGUCCUCAAGGCCAACGACGGCCUCUUCCAAACUUUGUGCUAUGCGUGAAUCAACUGAGUCGGUGAACUCACGCCGCAGAGAUGACCCAAGAAUUAUUGCUAUCGCUCAUCGAAGAUACCUCGAGGCACUAUAUCAUUCCCUUCUUCUGAGCAACGAGGCCUACAUCAACGCCCUUCGCAGCUUGCUCAAUACCAUCGACCAUUUCGUCGCUUUGUUCCGGCGCUUACAAGCUGUCAGGCAAAGCCUUGAUCUUCAGCUGGAUGAGGAAAUACCGAAUGCUUUGCCACAAUAUGCAAAGGAAGAGCAAGAUCUAAUGGCAGAACUGUCCAGGACUAACAGCACGUUGGCUAGCCGGGUGCACGAGCUGGUAACACAGAUGAGAGAGGCGGACAAGCAGUACGAAUCAAGAGAUCUGAGCUCAGGUAUUGCGGGCAUAGCAUUAACUUCUGGAACAGACGAUAUGUUUGAGCCUGUGAAAACACGCACGCUGGAUCGCUUGCUGAUGAAACUCGACUCCCUGGCAACUGACACCGAGGACGAGGUGUUCGAAGAUGCACUAAUUAAUGCGGAAGACGAUUGA